AUGCAUUCUCUACCUCCACAGGACUUCACUAACGAAGAGCCACUACUUACUCCCACUGAGCUUUCUAACGAGCUGGCCGCCGAGCAGGACGCCUUCGCUGCAUUUGACUGCGUGAACCCAGACUAUAGUGCUCUGCGCCACCAUGCCACUCGGCCGAGUCAGCAGCAACCGCUCCUCUCCGUCAGCCGGGACGUCAAUGUGACCGCAACGACCACCGCUGAC